AUGUCUUCAUAUGUCCCACCCCAUCGACGCUCUCAGGCCGCCGGCAGCCCAGCAGGUGGUCUAGCUGGCGACGAUGGCCCUCUGGGUGGCCCUUCUCCUAACCAGUCCCACUACAGCCACAGAGGCGGACGUGGGCAACGGCCUGAUCGCAGAGGAUAUCGACGAGGACGAGGGACUGGCAGACUGUUCACCAGGGAACCACCUGUUGACGAUGCAGACGUCUUUCACGCACGGGACAUCACUCAACACUUUUGGUCGAAGCCAGGCUCAGAGGGGGACGAAGGCGAGAGUUUUGACCGCAUCAAAUCAUCCACCUUUCAUAGUUCAGUCGCGCAGCCUGAUAAGCUGUCGUAUAUGCUGCUGUUCACUGGCGCGAACCCCCGAUGGGCCAGCGAUGGCAUUGUAUUCGCCAAGACUGCGUUGGGCCUUUUACCAGAAUACGCAACUCAAAAAGAGAAGAGAGGCCCCUGGGAUACGCCAGUGCGACGAAAGAACUCCAAUACUGAGGUAUCUCCCGAUGCCCAAAAGGGGCUCGAUGUGGAGGGAUACACAGAUGCGAGCACGGCUCGUAGGGUUCCAAAUGAGUCUCAGGAUACCUCCCCUGGAGACAAGGAGUUUUCCGUUGUCGACCAUAACACCGGGGAAGCGCAAGCCUCAAGUGCAAACGACGCACCCACCGAUAUCCGCCAAACUGAGGGGCCCUCCUCGGAGUCAAGAUCAGAAAUCCCAACCAGACCGUCAGAUACCAAGACCAUCCCAGUGUCGGAUAUCGACGCGGAUAAGAUGCCCACGUUCCCAGGCAUAGCACCGAUCGACUACAACCCUGGUCCACACGCGCCGAUUGCUGUCUUUGCGGAGCGCAAGCACAUCACCAAGAACGUCUUCGCGUUCGCCGGUUGGUACUCGGUGACGCGCAUCAGCAUUCUGGCGCCGCACUCGGCCGAGCUCGUCCGCAUGCAGCAGCAGAAGUGGGAGCGCCGGGACCGCUUCGGCAACAUCAUCCCGAGUCGGUCGCGCGAGAUGGGAGCCUGGAAGACCGCCUUGAGUCAGGAGUGGGCCGUGGUAAAGUUCGAGAAGCUGGUAGAUGAAGCCGCGCCGCCGGCGCCCACGAUCGACAAGUGCGUGGCAGAAGGGAAGCCCGAUGGGAGCGGCGAGACUCGGAGUGUUAACGAGAUGUUGCAGGGGAUGAGAAUGACGGAUGGUAAUCUAAGUGGAUCUGGAGAAGUGUCUCAAGCCGUGGAGCGCGACUAA